AUAGACAAAGAACGCACAAAGAUUGGAUUGAAACAAUUACCGACAUCUCGAAAGAUCAUCCUGAUGCACGGAUUCGGAAACUAGCAGAUAAAAGUGUCCAUAAUUAUAAGAAUGAAACUAAAUCUCAAGUUAUCACCAAAUUCUGGGAAGAUAUUGGAAAAACAAAGCUCAGGAACAAAUUAUUUUCUUUACAUUUUAAUGGGUUUGCUGAACCGGUCGAAAAUAGAAAUGAUUUAUUUCCUAAAUCCGAAGAAAAUGAACUUCAAGAUGUUCUGGUCAAAAAUAGAAAUGAUUCAAUCUCCCAAUCUAAAGAUGAUGAUCAAGAUGAAUUGUAUACAGAGGACUUUAAUAGUGACGAAGAACAACCCGAAGAAGAGUAUUUUGCAGACAUUGUCGACCUUGAUAAUGCAACAGAACAAAAGAGACCUCCAUUCUUUACAGUUGAAGAGUGGUUAAAAAUUAUUUCUGAAUCACAAUCACCACCAAUAAAAUUGCCUAAAUCUGUUGAAGAACAACUCAACUGCUAUUUGAAGGAAACAACUAUCGAAAAAAUUCGUGAAUCAUUCGAGUCAUAUAAAAAAGUAACUUCGGAAGAAGAUAGAUACACUCGUAAAGUCGCAGAUCAUUUUAUUUUUUGUCUCGAGAACCGACCAGAAUAUUUUGCACAACGACCAAGCACCGAGUCAACAUUUCGUGUACGUUUUAUUGAACCCAUAAUUGAGUCUUUUAUUUUUAUAUUCAAAAAUAUGGAUGUAACUUGGGGUGAAAUUUCAAGCUUGCCCUCAGCAAAUCGCCGAAAUUUACAUCUUGAAGAAGGCAGAAGACGUAGAAUUGGUUCAAAAACUGAUGGUAUAGGAUCUCUUGUCAAUCUAGAUGAUAAAGAACUUCUUAUUUUUGAGCUAUCUGGAGCACCGACCCGUCUUCCAAAUAGACAUACAGAGGGAGAUAAAGUAAAACUUGAACGGUGCAUGGUUGACGUGCUCAAUGACCAUCUGGAAGAUUAUAAAAUAUGUGAUAUUGAGGUUGCUAAGAAACUCCGAGUGUUCGGUUUUCAAACUGAUGAAAAAUAUAAUUGCUCUAUUUCAACUGCAUAUAUUGUUGGUCGUGGAUUAUAUUGCAAAAAAACGUUGUUCCAGUUUUCAUUGCCAAGAAGAGUGUUGGACUUAUGCUAUUUGUAUAAUAUUAUUGGGGUCAUGCUUUCUUUCAGAAAUGAAUUAUCCAAUUCAUUGAAUGUUAUACAGAAACUCAAGAUUGCAAAAACUCGUGAAAUUGUUUCUGAUGACCCAAUCAGUAGUUACAUGUUGCGGUUGCCACCCUCAUGA